AUGCCUGCGUCAAAGAAGCGGAUUCAGAAUCGCGGUCCGCUUCAUGUCGGGACGCAACGGGUACCAGCAGCGCUGCAAGAUUGGGUCCAUAUUUGGCACGGUGUCAAAGUGAAGAACAGCGUGGAUGAGGUCACGUCCAUCUUCCAUGCAGGGUCUCGCGUGGAAGACAUGCCGUUUUGGAAACAGUUUAUUCGCCUGCCAUCGAAUUCGCUGUUUCCAAGCGUGAUUACCAAUGCCAAUCCAAGGACUCCGUACAAGGACUUUUUGUACGUGCUGCUCAACAUGCGCUGGCCAAUGCUACUCAUGGUGCUUCUCGCCGUCAUUAUGGUGAACCUCUUUUUCUUUGCAGCAAUCACGUGCUAUAUCUGUGGCGAUCCAACGGGGUUCUUCGAAGCUUUCAACUUGAGUUACCAGACGUUCACGACCAUUGGAUUCGGUGUUGUCUACCCGACGCACACGUGUGGGAACGUGACCAUGUCCGUCGAGUCGUUUGCAUCCAUGAUGGUCGUCUCGGCUGGCACAGGUCUUGUCUUUGCCAAGUUCGCCAAACCGCAAGCAAAGGUAGCGUUCAGCAAAGUCUGCGUCGUGCAGCCCUAUGGUGAGACAUACCUCGCACUUGUUGUACGCGUCGCAAAUGCCACACAAUCGCGAGACGUGACGCACGACGUUAUCAUGGAGGCUGCGUUCAAGGUAAAUUUGCUGCGGGUGGAGCACAAGACGAAACACGUGCGUGCUCAUGACAACGAAGUGACGCUGAAGCGAAGACUAUCGCGACCACCUGUGCCAAGUGUCCAAAGCAUCGAGGACGUUGAAGACGACCCCGCUUGUUCAACAAAGGUGCUGACGUCGUACAACCUUAAGCUGCAGCAAAAUAACUUCAUCACUUUCCGCAUGGGUGUGGCUGUCGUACACCUGAUUGACGAAAGUAGUCCGCUGUACAAGAUGUCAAAGAACGACAUUGCUCAGUCCGAUAUGCUUGUCGAGGUCGCCAUGUCCGGCGUGGAUUCCACACUGCAGGACACAGUGUCGGAGCGAUAUAUCUACACUGCUGCGAAUCUGAUGUGGGGAUACCGUUUCGCUGAGUUGCUCGAGUUCAACGAGCAGAAUGCAGAGGUCAUCAUGGACUUUGCAAGAUUGAGCACUGUCGAGUCUGCUCCGAUCGACGAUGCCCGUUACCUGAAGCCGGUUCAUCCCAACGAGAGCACGUCUCCUGGCAUCCACGAGAGUGACGGGGAAGUAUCCGCGCAAGAUGCCGCAUGGCGGUACCCGCAGCAACAAGCACGCGUACCUUCCCACCACAAGGAUGGGCUUCCUCGUCAUGGUCAAGACGUCUCAUCAGUGAGCUCGGAAGAGUUCGUGGCGAGCUCAGGGCCAGUUUCGGGAGAUAGUCAGUCGUCCGUCACGGACGAUGAGGAACCGGUCUUACCCCACCCUCCUGUACUGCUUCCGAAGAAGUCUGGGCCGAAAAAGUUUGCGAUGGGGCUUGAGCCAUUGUUCGAGCCAUUAUUACAGCAGCCGUUCGGAACACAGCGAAUUCCAAAAGCUCCGUCGGCCGAAUUACGCGCUGCUCGAAGAGGAGGUUUGCAAAUCUGGCGAGACAUCGAUCGAUUGAUUCCGGAGAGUGAACGAGCCAGGCACAGCGAAGAGCAGGUAGCAACGGGCGAUGUGGUAAAGACUUGUGCCCGGAAUAGCAGUCGGGAUGCACAUCAUGACGAAGUAGGAUGGAAGUCUCUCGAGGAUCCCGAUAGGUUGCGAUCGCGACAUCAGCCUCGACGAGACAUGGCGGAGUUUGCGACGAUCAAAGACGACACGUGCUCCAGUUCGCAAGAAAAGGAGCACAAAGAUGAACCUAUUGCCACGAACGACGCCGAUGUUUUUCACGGUCAGGGUGGUGACGAGGAGGAUGCUUCUCACCUUCGCCAGCGUACUAAUACGACAAUGUCCGUCGUGUCGAUGGAAGUGGAGGACACGCCUCGUUUCUUGCGGAUCACGCCGGUCCACAUUCCCAAGUCUUUCAGUUUCAUGCGGAUUUACCAGAGUGCUCUCCACGUGCGGUGGCCAAAGAUCAUUGUCGUGUUUGUGCUGUCAUUUCUGGUCAUCAAUUUUGGCUUCGGGCUGCUGUACUGGUUUGACAUGGACAGCAUUGCAGUGUACGGCGACAUGGCUGUCUCGAAUUACGAGCUAGCGUUCUACAUGAGUGUCCAUACGCUGGCAACCAUCGGUUAUGGAUCCAUUGCACCGAAGCCUGACUCGGUGUACAUGAACGUUGUCGUGUUCAUUGAGUCCAUGGUCGGAAUCAUUACUGUCACAAUCAUCACUGGCAUCGCGUGGUCCAAGUUUGCUCGACCGAGAGCGCACAUCCACUUCUCGUCCCACAUGACCAUCACGACAAUUUACGGACACCGCUGCCUCGUGUUUCGUGCUGCCAAUACGCGGCACUCCGGUGAAGUGCACGACAACUUUUUCCGCAUUGGCGUGAUCCUCACCAACCGUCGCACGGGACUUCGGCAGAUGUACGACGUGCCUCUCGUGACCGCCGAGUGGCCAUCGAUCAAGUUACCCGCGACGCUUAUCCACGUGAUCAACGAGAACUCGCCCUUCUACAAGUUCUACUCCAUGGACGACUUGUCUCAAUCGCGUGUCGCGGUCAUUGCGUUGCUCACGGGGCUCGAUACGACCUUUUCGGAGAACGUGUAUGCACGCAAGAUGUACUUCUGGGACGACUUUGCGUACGACAUGCGCUUUGACGACUUUGCCGUGAUUGAGCGCGACCGCGUGAUUAUCGAUUACGAGCGCUUCGAUCGACUGAUUCCGAAUGACCAUGACGAAGCGGUCGCCACCACACCCGCGAGAUCCGAUGACGUUGACGCAGUAGUGUAG